AUGCUCCGAGACGGCGGCGGCGGCGCGACCAAUAAAGGCUCAGAAAAGUUUCCGCGUGAGGAAACUAACUUCGCGCGGGACUUCCGGCGUCGUCCUCGUGAGUUCUUUGGCGGCGGCCACGCCGAGGGUCCCCGCUCGGGUGAGCUGCGCGUUUCCCGGGCCUCACCGUCCUCCGAGACCCAAACCCUGAAGCCCCGCGUGCGGGCGCCGCUCCCGUCCUGCAGCCCGGAUCCCGGCGUCCGGGCCGGUGAGGCUCUGCUGCGCGUCCCUGGCCCCACCGUCCUCCGAGACCCAACCCCUGAAGCCCCGCGUGCGGGCGCCGCUCCCGUCCUGCUGCCCGGGACGGUUCCCAUGUCUGUGGAAGUGCUUAUGGAACCCAGACAGGGCAGUGUGACCUUUGAGGACGUGGCCGUGUACUUCUCCUGGGAGGAAUGGGAUCUCCUUGAUGAGGCUCAGAGACGCCUGCACCAGGAUGUGAUGCUGGAGAACUGGGCACUUAUAACCUCCUUCGGUGGUCGCCAUGAAGCGGAGUAUCAGGAGGCUCUUUCUGAGCAGAGACUUUCCGUACAAAGAGUGUCACACGUCAGGACUGCCAGUGCCAGUCUGACUCCCAAGAAGGCCUGGCCCUGUGAAAUGUGUGGUUCGAUCUUCAGUGACGUCUUGCAUGUGGCUGGGCACCAGGGAACACGUGACAAGCAGAAACUGCACGGGUGUGAGACGUGCGGGAAACAAUUAGAUGACAGCACAGAGCUUCACGAGAAGCAGCACUCCGGAGGGAGACUUUUCAGAAGCAACGGGGACAGAGCCUGGUUCGUGAAGAACUGUACGUGCCAUGUGUCAGGGAAGACACUUUUCUUUGGGGAGGUUGGGAAAGACUUCUUGACCAGCUCUGGAUUUUUCCAGCAACAGAGCACGUACAGCAGGGAGCAGUCAAACAGCGGAGCCAAGCACAUGGCCGCCUUGCAGAAGGGAGCAGCUCACCUGUUCUCAGCGACUCUCGACAGCUGGGGAGGCUGGACGAACUCCUUCGGCCGCAAACAUACGCUCAUUCAGCACCAGGCAGUCCUCACUACAGAAGGAUGUUUUAAGUCCAAGGUAUAUGAAAAAUCAUUUAGCAAAAGCUGCAGCCUCAGACAUCAGAGUGUUCACACUGGAGAAAAUAUUUUUGGAUCUGGGGAAUGUGGGAUAUUAUUUAACAAGUCCCAUGACAUUGAACGCUGGAGAGGAAACACCAAGGAAAGGCCUUACGAAUGUGCAGAGUGUGGGAAAUCAUUUACCCGAAACUCCCACCUCGUUACACAUAAGCGAGUUCACACUGGCGAAAGACCUUAUGAGUGUGGUGAAUGUGGGAAGUCUUUUAGGUACAAGUCCAACCUCACUGUACACCAGAGAAUUCACAAUAAACAAAGGCCUUACGAGUGUGGUGAGUGUGGCAUUUCCUUUAGCCAAAACGUCAGCCUCAUUUUCCACCAGAGAGUUCACACCGGAGAAAGCCCUCAUCAGUACAGUGAAUGUGGAAAAUUCUUCAAGCAAAGCUCUAGCAUCAGUUUACGUCGAAAAGUUCACACUAGACAAAGUCCUAUUGAGUGCAGCGAAUGUGGAAAAACCUUUAGCUGCAAAUCUAACCUCACUAAGCACCUGAGAGUUCACACUGGAGAAAAGCCUUAUGAAUGUGGGCAAUGUGGAAAGUCCUUUAGCCAAAGCUCGAGUCUCACUCAACACCAGAGAGUUCACACUGGAAAAAGGCCUUAUAAGUGCAGUGAAUGUGGGAAAUCCUUUGCUGCAAACUCCAAUUUUAUUAAACACAGGAGAGUUCACACUGGACGAAGACCUUACGUAUGCAGUGAAUGUGGAAAGCCAUUUCGCCAGAUCUCUGCCUUCCAUUAUCAUCAGAGAGUUCACACUGGAGAAAGGCCCUAUGAGUGCAUUGAAUGUGGGAAAUCCUUUGCUGCAAACCUCAGCCUCAUUAACCAUAAGAGAGUUCACACUAGAGAAAGGCUUUAUAAGUGAAGCAGAUGUGAGAAAUGCUUUAGCUAAAGCUCUGUGUUCCUUCGCCAUCAGUAGUUCACACCGCGCCAAGAACUAAUCAGUGCAGUGAAUGAAAAAUCCUUUGUUCUAAAUCCAGACUUAUUGACAUGAUGAAUGUAGUGAAUAUUGGACAUCCUUUAGCUACAACUCCAGUGUACUAAAACAAUGCGAUGUUCACACUGGACAGCGGCCUUAUUUCUAUGGGGAAUGUGCGAAAUUCUGUAGCCAAAACUGGUCUCAAGACAUAUCAGAGUUCACACUGAAGAAAGGCCUUUAGCUUUAUCAUUGGAAACCGCAAAGGUCACAUGGGAACAACAGGUUAGAUGUGUAAGAAAUGUGUUAUUUCUAUGGUAUAACCCUAGGGUGAUCCCUUGUGAGUGUGCCAUCUGCUUGAAUUGAACCUCAUACAUCUGAACACCCACAUAAAUUCCAGGUAUGUGGGAACUGCCUUGCACUUUUUAAAUGCCCGGGGCCAUUGCCAGAUUUCUGUCACUGCCAGUUCUGCAGCAGAAGCCUUCUCACCUCUACCACUUGGCUGCUGCCCACAGUGUGCGUCACUCACCCACCUCAUUGCGCCCAGGGAAGGAAACCUCACUAUCUCCGUUCACAGGAAGGAUUUUUGGGAAGCCUGAGCACUCAUUUCUUCUUUUUUGAUAAGUUAGGCCAUGGACAUGGCCCAUUUUUGGCUCAGGACUCUGCCGAUGACUUGCAAAGAUGGAUGACCUUAUUCAGGAAUACCAUUGGUCUCAUGUGGCUAAUGUGGAGUGUUUCAUCCUCUAGUCGUGAGUCUGAGACCAGCCUACCUCAUCGUACUGGUUCGUGUGACAAUGAAGGCAGGCCGCAUUGUUCGUGCUCAUUUAAUCCUGGAACUCUCGAUGUGGUGGUUGGAAAACAAGUGCUUUCUGCUAACAUGAGGACAUGAGCACUUUUUGUUGGCAUCCCAAACUUUGCCUCAGAGGGAACGAUGUGAUGGCUCAGAGAAUGUAGCUGUCUCUGCAGUUUUGGCCUAGUUUCCAUUGCUGCCCAAGCCUCAUUUGUAACCCAAAUGCCAUGUUUUGUGGGUUCAGAGGUCAGCCUGUGGAGGAGACAGUUGUGGCAACUUCUGUUACUUCACCAGCAACAUGGAAUUGUUCUCUCGUUCAUAGUGGGUGUUGCAUUGUGCUCAGUACUAAUGAGGAAGUCUGUUUCCAGGGUCCUCAGAGGGGCCAUGGGCCCUGGUGUCCCUAAUUCCCUAGGGUAGUGUGACUGGUUGUAAGAUUAUGGGGUGACUCAUACUUGUUACCGAAACAGUGGAUUUCUGGGAAGUGGAGGAAGGAGACCAUAGAAAAUUAGUUGGCCUGCCCCUCUUUUAAAGGGGCGUCCACAGUGUUCAGCCACUACGGCUGUGAGGACGAGCAGGCUCAGGAAUUCUCGCAUCCUCUAGAGCUGUGUGUGUGUGUAGCUGAGUGGCCCUGUCAGAAAAUAAAGGUGUCAUGGAUUCCCAUGGCCGCUGGGCUUUUUAUCUCAAGACCAUUACUGCACAGGCAGAUCUUUGAGGAGGAGGAAGAAUGCUUCGUCCAGCUCUGGCUUUGUGACCAGCCUGCAUUCCUGUCGAAUCAGGUGGAACAGUCUUUAUGGCUUGCCAGUGUUUGCUGCCAGCGAGGCGAGACACCUGUGCCAGGCAUGAGGAAGGAGAUGGUGGUGUCAGUACUGUGUCGCCAAACUUGAUUUCCCAAAAACAGAAUUCUAGGUUUCUCUUUUGAACCACGUUUUAAAGCAUCAAGAAGGUAUAAACCAUGUGCAAUAAAUGGAAUAUAUUUAAAUUGUUCAACUUAGGAAAUUUGCACAUUCAUAUAAACUCGUGAAUGCUUUAUCACAGUCAUGAUCAUGAGUUUAUGCAUCACCCAGAUUUACCUCCUGCCCUCCAGUCAGCCAUUGAUUCACUUUCCUUCACAGGAGAGUUUACGUUUUCUAGAAUUUCAUAUGAUUGAAGUCAUAAAAUGUUUAUUUUUCCUCCUGGGUACCUUCAUGCAGCGUAUUUAUUUGAGAUUCAUUAAUGAUGAUUUUGUGAGUAGUUUGUGCUUUUCGUAUUGUUGAAAAGUAUGAUGAACUACUGUUUGUUUACUCGUUCAUCUGCCUGUGGACAUUUGUUUCCAGUUUUUGGCUAUUGCAAAUAAACUACAUAGAUUUUAAA